GUCUCGGGCUCUCGGCUCGGCUCGGCCACCCAACGGGCAAGACGACGAGGGUUUUUGCCGCCGCCAUGGCGAUCCCUCGAGCACGUCUAACUCGCCUGCUCCUCCACUUCGGCAGCCGGGGCUCCAGAUUCCUAGCGCAACCCUUCUCUACCUCUUCCUCCGCACACGGCCUCUUCCCCUCUCUGUGGCCAACGCCGUCCACCGCCGGCGCGUGGCGGCGCGCGUUCCACGAUGGGCGGCCGCGAGGGCCGCUGUGGCGGAGCAAGAAGCUGAUCGGGAAGGAGGCCUUAUUUGCGAUCCAGGGCCUCAAGCGGUUCAAGGGGGACGAGGAGAAGCUAGCGGAUUUCGUGCGGCGGUAUGUGGCCAGACUGCUCAAGGCGGACAAGCUUGCCGUGCUCGGCGAGCUGGAACGCCAGGAGGAGGUCGAUCUGGCUGUCAAGAUGUUUAGGAUCAUACAAAAGGAGGACUGGUAUAAACCAGAUAUUUACAUGUACAAAGACUUGAUUAUUGCAUUAGCCAAAUGCAAGAAUAUGGAGGAAGCAAUGGUAAUCUGGGGGAACAUGAGAGAUGAGAACUUGUUUCCUGACUCACAGACUUAUGCCGAAGUAAUAAGAGGAUUCUUGAGAUAUGGCUCCCCAUCAGAUGCAAUGAAUAUUUACGAGGACAUGAAAAAGUCACCUGAUCCACCAGAAGAGUUACCUUUUAGGGUAUUGUUGAAGGGUCUUUUACCUCACCCACUGCUAAGAAAUAGAGUAAAACAAGAUUUUGAAGAGAUGUUCCCAGAAAGGCAUAUCUAUGAUCCUCCAGAAGAAAUUUUUGGCAUGCACUGAGGUAUAUUCAGAGGCAUGAAUGUGUUUAUCAAUUGGAUGGUCGCGUUGCAAUAAAUGGGCGAAAACUGAGAAGCUGAUUAUUCUGAUUUCUGAUAGACAGAUUAGUUGUCCAUAUCAUUGUGCUGUCCUUUGUUGUUCAGCCAAGCUCAUUAAUACUGGGCCAUCUAUUCAACUCAACCAGUACAACUUUGCAUGGUUGCAAUGCCUGAUCUUAUGAGUAGUAACAGAAAAAAAAUGUGUUCUUCUUUGGGCCCACUUGUAUGAUUACGUUGUUAGAACAAUGUACUGGCGUCUGGCUACAUUCAUGUCGUUCCUUCCCUAACUGCAUGAGAGACCUACUUCGCAUGAACAUUGUGAUGGUACCUCAUUUCGUGACCCUGUUGAGUUUAUGGGUGAUGAUUAUUGUUA